GUAUACAUAUAGACAGACAUAUUGUUGGCGCCCAUUUCAGUUUCCGUUGUCCACAAUGCCUCAUGAUCAUCUCCCAUCGUAGCGCCCCCCAAGAAACCCCCGCGCAUGGCGUCGUCCCAGUCCUCCAAAACCCUAACCCUAGACUCCUCCCACCUCUUCCUCACCGCCCUUCAAUCCCUCGCUCAACAACAAACGCUUCCGCCACCACCACCGCUCUCACCCCCUCUUCCUCUUCCUUCUAUUCCUUCCUUUUUCCCACAAUCCAAGCUCGUCCCCAAAACCCGUUUCGCAGUCGACGCCUUCCGCUCCGCUGGCGAUUUCUCCGUCUCCUACUUCCUCUCCCACUUCCACUCCGACCACUACACCGGCCUCUCCCCCAAUUGGUCCAAAGGCGUUGUUUUCUGCUCCCACACCACCGCCAAUCUCCUUAUCAAAGUCCUCAAUGUCCCUUCGCCGAUCGUCGUCCCGUUGCCGCUCCGCGAAACCGUCGUGAUCGAUGGCUGCGAGGUUACGCUCAUCGACGCCAAUCAUUGUCCCGGUGCGGUGCAAUUCUUAUUCAGGAUUCCACGUCCCAACGGAGAAUUCGAUAGGUAUGUUCACACGGGCGAUUUUCGGUUCUGUGAUUGGAUGAAAUUAGACCCUUUUUUAGCUGAAUUUAUAGGUUCCGAUGCGGUUUUCUUGGAUACUACGUAUUGUAAUCCGAAAUUUGUGUUUCCGUCGCAAGAAGAGUCUGUUGAGUAUGUUGCUAGUGUGAUAGCGAGAAUAGGGAGUGAAUAUCAUAAGGGUGGUUCGAUGAGGAAUGUUUUGUUUCUUGUAGCUACUUAUGUUGUCGGGAAAGAGAAGAUUUUACUUGAGAUUGCGCGGAGGUGUGGUAGGAAGAUACACGUGGACGCUAGAAAAAUGGAGGUUUUGCGUGUUUUGGGGUAUGGAGAGAGCGGGGUGUUUACAGAGGAUGAGUGUGAAAGUGAUGUUCAUGUUGUUGGGUGGAAUGUCUUGGGUGAGACAUGGCCAUAUUUUAGGCCUAAUUUUGUGAAAAUGAAGGAGAUCAUGGAGGAAAGAGGGUACUCUAAGGUUGUGGGUUUUGUUCCAACAGGGUGGACUUAUGAAGUGAAGCGCAAUAAGUUUACGGUGAGGUCUAAGGAUUCGUUUGAGAUUCAUCUUGUACCUUAUAGUGAACAUUCAAACUAUGAUGAACUUAGGGAAUAUGUGAAGUUUUUGAAACCCAAGCGUGUUGUUCCUACGGUGGGUUUGGAUGUUGAAAAUCUAGACAGCAAGCAUGCUAAUAAAAUGCGAAAGCAUUUUGCUGGGCUAGUUGAUGAAAUGGCCAACAAGCAAGAGUUCUUAAGGGGGUUUUAUCGAGGGUCCUGUGAAAUGGUUGACAAGGUUCAAAAGGAUGCCAGCAAUGCCUCAAAUGAGGGGAUGGACGGGGAGAACGAGAUCAAGGCAUCCAAGGGAAAAACCAUUAAAAUAACUGAUCCGGAUCUUGUUUUGGACUUGUCAUCUUCUCUGAAAGAAUCUGGUACUCAAGAUCCAGUUGUCUUGAAUGUUGAGGAUGCAUAUUCUCUGAAACAGCCUGGUUCACAAGAUCUAACUGUGUUGGAUGAUGAGGAAACAGAGAAAAUCAUUCAGGAGCUUCGUGAUUGCUUGCCAGCAUGGGUCACUCGAAGCCAGAUGUUAGAUCUAAUUAGCAGCUCUGGAAGGAAUAUUGUUGAAGCAGUGUCCAAUUUCUAUGAACGUGAAACUGAAUUUCAUGAGCAAGUUUUUGCUUGUACAGCUUCUACAUCUACUUCUCAGACCAGCUCACUUAAUGACUCUGCAUCACUUUUGAACACAGGUAUUGUUAUGAGCAGUCCAGUUGUAACUGUUGGCAAAUCUUUAAGUCAAGACGGUGAGCCAGCCUGCCUGAUGCAUUUGAUUAAGAGUGGCAGUGGCAUUUCUCCUGGAAAAAUGAAUAGGACUAUUGGCGAUGGGCCAAACAAGAAAGUAAAAGUCAAUUCAAUUAACAGUGGCACUUCUCCUGGGAAAAGGAAAAUGAAUACUGUGAAUAAGCUAAACAAGAAAGCAAAGGUCAAUUCAACAUCGGGCUCUGGUGGGUCAAAACAACCUACAAUUACAAGAUUUUUCAGUAAAGUUUUGCCUGAUGUUUCUCAAGGUGGUAAGGUUGGAAGUACGUUUGAGCAAUGCCCUAAAGAUGAAAAUCUGUUGCCUGAUGCUGCUGCCAAGUUAUACGAGGAUGAAAUAGAUCUGUUUAUUCAAAUAAUAAAUGGUAACGAGUCAUCUAAAAGCCAUGCUGCCAACAUCCUAAAGAAGACAAAAGGAGAUAUAAAUAAGGCAUUGGAUAUAUACUACUGUAAUCCUAAGGGUGACCUUAGUGACUCUAGCAAACCAGUUCUUGCACAGAGUGGUGUCGACAACUGCUCUCCUGGCCAAACGAAGAAUGUGCCAGAGAGAUCAGAAUGUAUUCCUGAUAUCUCUGUUCAGGCAUUAUUAACAAAGGAUGCGGAUGCAACUCUUGUAUCACUACCGCCGGAAAAAUACAGUCCUAUAGAGCAUGCAUGCUGGAGGAGUGGACAACCUGCUCCAUAUAUACAUCUUGCAAGAACAUUUGGGCAGCUCGAGGACGAAAAGGGAAAGAUAAAAGCUACUUCUAUGUUGUGCAAUAUGUUCAGAAGUUUGCUGAUCUUGUCUCCGGAGGAUGUGCUGCCUGCCGUGUAUUUGUGCACAAAUAAGAUUGCUGCUGACCAUGAAAAUAUAGAGCUAAACAUUGGUGGUAGUUUGGUCACAUCAGCACUCGAAGAGGCAUGUGGCACAAAUCGGUCCAAAAUAAGAGAGAUGUAUAACAAGCUUGGUGAUCUUGGUGAUGUUGCUCAAGAAUGCCGACAAACACAGACAUUACUUGCCCCUCCUUCACCACUUCUAAUUAAAGAUGUAUUUUCUGCACUCCGAAAGAUAAGUGUACAAACAGGCAGUGGAAGUACUGUUCGAAAGAAAAGCCUCAUGGUAAAUCUCAUGUGUUCUUGUAGAGAGAAGGAGAUGAAGUUUCUUGUUAGAACUUUGGUCAGGAAUUUACGGAUUGGAGCAAUGAUGAGAACUGUUCUUCCUGCUUUGGCUCAAGCUGUCUUUAUUAAUUCCUGCCCUAACUUUUACCAUGAAGGAAGAGUUGAAAAUUUGAAGGAGAAGCUUCAGUGCCUUUCUGCGACUGUAGUUGAAGCCUAUAAUAUAGUCCCCAAUUUGGAUCUGGUUGUUCCCUCUCUCAUGAUCAAGGGCAUUGAAUUUUCUUCUUCAACUUUGUCAAUGGUUCCAGGAAUACCUAUUAAGCCUAUGCUUGCAAAAAUCACCAAUGGUAUCCCGCAAGCGCUGAAGCUCUUCCAAAAUAAAGCCUUUACAUGUGAAUAUAAAUAUGAUGGUCAGCGUGCCCAAAUUCACAAAUUAGUUGAUGGAUCUGUACGCAUUUUUUCACGAAAUGGGGAUGAAACAACAUCAAGAUUUCCAGAUUUGAUUAAUAUAAUUAAGGAGUCGUGUAAGCCUGCUGCAAUGACUUUUGUACUGGAUACAGAGGUUGUUGCAGUUGAUAGGAAGAAUGGCUGCAGACUCAUGUCCUUCCAAGAACUAUCUUCACGAGGGAGAGGGAGCAAAGAUACCUUUAUUACAGUGGAUAGUGUGAAGGUUGAUAUUUGCGUGUUUGUCUUUGAUAUAAUGUUUGCUAAUGGAGAGCGGCUGUUGAGCUUUUCUCUCCGCCAAAGACGAAAAAAACUGAAGGAUUUGUUUUAUGAUGAGAAGUUGGGAUAUUUUGAAUAUGCAAAGGAAAUGACAGUCGAAGCAGAUGAUACUUGUUUGACCAAUGAAGCCACGUUAAGUAAGAUAAGCUCUUUUCUUGAAGAUGCAUUCCGCUCCUCAUGUGAAGGGAUCAUGGUUAAAUCACUGGAUGUUGAUGCUGAAUAUUCUCCAUCAAAGCGUACUGACACAUGGUUAAAGGUCAAGCGAGACUAUGUGGAAGGAUUGAAUGACUCUCUUGAUUUAGUCCCAAUCGGUGCUUGGCAUGGUAAUGGGAGAAAAGCUGGAUGGUACAGUCCAUUUCUUAUGGCAUGUUACAACCCUGACACUGAGGAAUUCCAAAGCGUAUGCCGUGUCAUGUCCGGAUUCUCAGAUUCUUUUUACAGAGAGAUGAAAGAUUUAUUUUCUGGGGACAGGAUCCUGUCUAAAAAGCCAGCUUAUUAUCUAACAGCCGAGUUGCCUGAUAUGUGGUUUUCACCAGAAGUUGUUUGGCAAAUAAGGGGUGCAGACUUCACAGUGUCACCAGUUCACAAGGCUGCCAUAGGUUUGGUUCAUCCAUCUCGUGGAAUCUCAAUCAGAUUCCCUAGAUUCAUCCGCUCUGUUUCUGAUAGAAAUCCCGAAGAAUGUAGCACAGCUGCAGAUAUAGCUGAAAUGUUUCAAUCUCAGACUCGAAAGAUGGACGUGCCAGCUGAAGAUUGAUCAGUUCCUUGUUAUUCUGUACAUAAGCUGCUUUUGCAGUUCAAGUAGCGGCAUGUGUAGUGUACAAAGGAUGAGAUGCAGUUGAAGUUUUGCUACGUUAUCUGUUGCUGCAUUUUGAACAAUACUGAAAAGGAUUUCGU